CACUGCCACACUUCACCACACCACAUACACCCCACCCACGCCAUCUUAAUCCGAGCAUUACUUCAUCCCGACUUCCCAGUUGCGCAGGUCGCAGCUGAUCUUCGUGCGUCGAUUACCACUGGCGACGCGGCGGUACAUAUAAGCCGCGCAGUUCCUUCCUGAUUUCUCCCAUCUUGCCUGGAGCAUGAUCUGAAACAAUAGCCCUGGACUGCGGCACAUUAUAUAUGCGACACGGCACGUGAACCCUACACACGGCUCCCAGGCCAUGGCCAUACACCGCGGUAUACAGUCCGCCCUGUUCUACUACUUGUCGUGCGCGCCGUGCGCGGAUGUUCGCUACCGCAAGCGGAGAAAGCAAGAAGCUGCUUUAUCCAGAGCCGAACGCCUGGCGCUCGAUGCGGAAGAGUCGAACGUAUAUCGACAUCCCGGGGAGCCGUCGUCGACGAACCCUCACUGGCAGUCGGAGAUCGAGUUGGGCCCGACAUUCGUUCGCAAAGGCAAGAAGAAAGCGAGCACGGGGGACAGCCAACGACAACUGAAAGUAGAGAGGGCGAACAGUAAUGCCAGUCACAACGCGACUUUGCCAGACUUUGAUCCACGAAGUUGCAGCAGUGCGACAGCCGAUCGCAGAUGGAGGUCAAGGAGUGAUGGGAGAGGUGAUGAGCCGUGGUGUGGCUCAUCGAGCUUGUUGCAGAGGCCAGCGACAGCAAGGACCAAUGGAUCGACUGCAACCAUGUAUCAUACCAACUACAAUCCUGCAAUCAACGAGAUGCAUCCACCCACAGUGACUAAAGUCAACCGACGGGAAGAUGUGAUAUGGAUGAUGCAACCAGUGCCGAUUUCCAACGUCAUGGGUGGCAGUGAACGAGGCAUCAGGGGAAGAAGCGACAGUGGUGGCGGCAGUCGACUUCGCUUAUCCAGUACGGGACUGUCAACACAAGUGAGCACCAGACUCCUCGAGCCGAGAUCUAGAACUGGCACUCCAUCAGUAUCGGGCGUGUCUCGCGAGAGUUCUUUCCGAUCGGUCGCGGGACCCAGUGAGCAGAGGCGCGAAAAGUCUGGCGAGCACGAUUUUGCCUCCAUGCCUCCACACUCCACCGAUGGCAGCAAUGAGUCUGCGCGCAGCACGUUGCGCAUACCAGAACUUGCUGCCAUGAGGCAUCCACCACGACGUGCAACAUCACGGCCACAGCUUUCCACCGUCCUUUCCGAUGGCGACUUACCAUCCCAGAUGCAACGAAGUACACCCAAAGAGAAUAGCAUGCCGACCUCACUUCCAGGUGUCAACGGCAUCAUUGAUAUUUUGGAUGGGCAAGCCGUACGCUCUGCCAGGGCAGGGCGCGAGAAGCCUGUUGGCGCCGUCUUUCGCCACAAGCACGAUGAUAGUGAGGUGAGCAUACGUCCGGAACUCUUCGAUAGCUGGUAUACGCCUGAUUUUGAGCUCGGCAAGUACAUUUUUGAGCAUACGAAGCGAGAGGUGCAUAAGAGGUGGAGCAUGGAUCUAUAACACAUGUCAUUUUCGGUGUCUGAUUCCUGGUUAAGUCGUUUUGGAGCGUUCAAGCGUGGUGUUUACUGUGGAAGUCCGGCGGCGGACAUUCGGGUUGCUUGGAUGAUACGUCCGCAUGGCAGCAAAGAAGAUGACCUGUUUGUACAUGGCUAGAUGAUGAGCUGGCCGAGCCAUUCAUCCAGCAACAGCAGGUGCACAGUCACGAACACAUCGGUCUAUACAGGUAGUAUAGCAAUCAGAGAAUGAAGCAUAAGGUACUACCUUACCUCAU